AUUGGUGUGGAUAAAUUAAUUUUAGCUGAAAUUAACUCACUAAUUCAUCUAAGAUAUCUGGCUCUCUAUCUAUGUGGAUGUGGUUCUGUCUCACCAUCGUCACUGAAGAAUCUUGAGGGUCUCAUAACAUUAAAGUUGACUUCAGACAAGGAUUUACAUUUGCCAAAAUAUUUUUGAAAUAUGAAAAGUUUGAGACAUAUGAUUAUCCACCACUAUGAUUGUGAUUCAUACCCAACAGUACGUACUCCAGUUAUUGAAACAAUUUUUGGUUUCUUACAGACUUUGUUUGAGAAUAAAGUCUUACAGACAUUAGAUUUGAAAACUUGUUUGACUACAAGGGAGGAGCAUUUAUUGAGGAAGCUUCCCCAUCUCAAAUAUUUGAGCUGUCUGGUCUCGCCAUCAUGUCCAUUUCCUGAAAUUCACAUUCUCCAUCAUCUUGAAUCUCUUUGGUUAUACAAUACUUGCAAUCAUGAUCCACAUUACCGUGGGAAUCCACAUCUUCUUAAUGAUCUUAAACUCACCAAGUUUCCAUCAAGUAUUAAGGAAAUAAAUUUGAAGGGUAUUACUCUUUCGUCGUCAGCAAUUUCAAUAAUUGCACAACUCUCCAAUCUUGAGGCUCUAAUACUAGCGUGUUGCAAGUUUGAGGAGGGUUUAGAAUGGAAUGUGGAUGAAGAAAUCCAAUUCCACAAACUAAAAUACCUCCAACUAGACCAUCUUAAUAUUAGAAUUUGGAAUAUUUGCAGUGAAGAGUCUUUUCCUUGCCUUGAGCAAGUAAUUUUGGAUUAUUGUGUGGAGUUACGGGAGGUGCCUUAUAGAUUGGCAGAUAUUUUAACAUUGGAACUACUCAGUGUGCGUAGCUGCCAUAAAAGCAGUAAAAGUCCAGCGAAGAAAAUUGAGGAAGAUGCACGAGACAUAGGAAAUGAGCAACUUAAUGUCGAGAUUAUAUCAAGUAAUCUAGCGACAGGGUGUGUUCGAAAAAGACUUCAGCAAGGGUUGGAACUGUUUUUUUUUUUUUUUAACGGAGGGAACUGCUUAAACAAUUUAGUUAAGAAGUGUGACUGUCAGACUGUGUGAGCAGUAAAGCAGUUUGAUGUGUGAACUACGUAAUUACAACUUGUUAUCACUUCU